AGCCGGAGGGAGUGUGUGCGGUGUGUUUUUAAAGAGGGCAGACCGUCAGCACUGUGGACAGGAAACCCUUUUAAUCCGAUUCACUUUUGGGACAGGACCUCAUCCUCUCUGCCCCUCCCUGAUGUGUGUGUGUGUGGUUUUUGUAAGCUGAGAUGUGAUAUUGCAGUGCCACUAUCGGCUGCAGCAGGCUGUUUGCCAUAGAUAUUUCCGGAUCCCGUUUCCUCCAGCGGGGGGUAUCUCUGGAUGCACUUGCUCCUGCUCAAGGUGACUUGGGGAGUCUAGAGGCGUAAGUGGAGGCACGGAGCUGAAGUCAAGCCUCAGUUGGGACUUGUUCAGAGGAGGUAGUGAGAUGAAUCCAGGGUGGAGUGGGAUGUGAGGGCCUGACGGGCCCAGAGUCAAGUCACUCCUCUCCGAGAACAGCCAGGGAAUGGGCUCGGCCUCUCCUCAGGAGCCCGAGAAAGACAUGGAGGGCUAUUACAACCUUUUGCAGGCAGGCUCGGAGCUGGAGAACACACUGCAACAGGUCACAGUCCCUGUGAGUAUGCAGGAAGUGGCUGGCUACAUUGAGAAACAAUUGGCCUAUUUAUCAGGGGGACGCGGUGAGGACUCUAGUGUCAUCAUCACUCUCCCAGAAUGCUCUGCUUUCAGCGACAUUCCUGAAGAAGCUCUUGCCAAAGUUCUUUCAUACCUCACACUGAUUCCGAGAACACGGCAACCUGGUGUAAAAUUUAUCAUCAUUUUAGACCGAAGAUUGGAUACUUGGGCCUCGAUCAAAACGGCAUUGGCACGGAUUGCGGCCUCAUUCCCUGGAAACCUGCACCUUGUGUUGGUGCUGAGACCGACCAGCUUCUUCCAGCGCACGGUUACAGAUCUCGGCUUCCGCUUUAGUCAAGAGGACUUCAUGCUUAAAAUGCCUGUGGUGAUGCUCAGCUCUGUCACAGAUCUACUGCGGUACAUUGAUGAGAAUCAGCUGACCUCAGAGUUUGGGGGAACUCUUGACUACUGCCACAGCGACUGGAUCGUCUUGAGAACAGCCAUUGAGAGUUUUGCGGUUAUGGUUAAGGACAUUGCUCAGAUGCUGCAGGCGUUUGGAACAGAGCUGGCUGAGACACAGUUAUCAGAGGAGUGCAGUGCUGUUGAGUUCCUCCUGCUGUCCCACACCGAGAAAUACAGGAGACUUAAGGAUGCCAUCAGAUCUGUGAUGAGAGAGGGGCGGCAGCUGCUCUCUAACCUGGAGACUUCAAGGAAGGAAGGGGACGCCGACACGUGCUGGGACAUGACACAGGACUGGGAUACCAUGCAGAGGCUGCUGGCUCAGCUCACAGAUAUGGAGAUGGCGUUUGAUGGCUUCUUUGAUAAGCACCACCUCAAACUGCAGCAAUAUUUACAACUGCUGAGAUAUGAGCACAGUUUUCAGGAGAUGGAGUGCUCUUUAGAGAAAUUAAGAGCACAGGAAAGGAAGAUAAGCAUCACAGGAGAAUCCCUGUCCCAAACAGAGCAGUGUGUCAGAGAGCUGGAGAGUUUGGAAAAACGUGCACAGGAGGAGAUGAGUCAGGCUCAGGUUCUUAUCCUGCAUGGGCAUCAGCUGGCUGCUGGACACCACUAUGCCAUGGCUCUGAUUAUCCAGCGCUGCAAUGAACUCAGACAUCAAUGUGACACCCUGACCUCUGCCCUCAAUACCAAACGCAAGUCCCUGACACAGGCACAGACCCUGCUGAGCCGCCUCGAAGAGGCUCAGCGGUGGUGUGAUGAUGGUGCUUAUCUCUUGGCCAAUCAGCAGGUGGAUAAAUUCCAGUCUAAAGACGGUGCGCAGGCAGCUCUUCGAGAUAUCGAGAAGUUCCAGGAGGCGGCGCCACCUCUCCUCGGUGCAGGCGUGGAUGUGCUCUUUCUGGAGUAUGAAUCUGUGCUCACUCCUUGUCUACAGGCUCAUAUAGAGAAUACUUUUCAGAAGCAUAGUUCUGUGCAGGCUUUGAUUCAGUCCAGACAGAACUGCCUGAAGAAACUGGCAGACAAACAUGUCCGACCAAUCCAACUGGUGGCCCCUCGUCCAGAGAACCCACCACGUGCAAAAUCCCCCCUCUUCUCCCCCAAACAUGAUUUUAAUUCCAGUUUAAAGUUCACCUUUGACCUCCCAUUACCAGGCAAAAGAACAUCAAGGAAAAGCCCAAACUCCAGGAAGAUCGAGGUGAUUCAUGACUAUCAGACGGCCAGCUCUCUCCCGUACAGUAUAGAUGGAGAAGACAGCACUGAUCUGCUCAAACGACAUGUGAUGAAGGAGCUGAUCGAGACCGAGAGGAUCUAUGUGGAGGAGCUGCUGGCAGUGCUCUUGGGCUACAGGGCUGAAAUGGACAAUCCGUCUCUUGCUCCGCUCCUGCCAACAAGUCUUUGCAACAAGAGAGAUGUGCUGUUUGGAAACUUGCCUGAUAUCUACAACUUCCAUAGCAGUGUCUUCCUGCAGGAUUUGGAAAGCUGUCUGGAGAGCCCUGAGGCAGUAGGGGCUUGCUUUCUGGAAAGGAAAGACCAUUUCCAUUUGUAUGAAUGUUACUGUCAGAACAAGCCUCGAUCUGAUUCUUUAUGGAGGCAGUUCUCGGACUGCCCAUUCUUUCAGGAGUGCCAAAAGAAGCUGGAACACAAACUUGCUCUUGACUCAUACCUGCUGAAGCCAGUCCAGCGCCUUACAAAGUAUCAACUCCUAUUAAAGGAGCUUCUGAAGUACAGCUCAGGCUGUGAGAGAGUUUCUGAGCUGCAGGGGGCGCUAGAAGCCAUGCUGGACCUGCUGAAGUCAGUCAAUGACUCAAUGCACCAGAUUGCCAUCACCGGAUAUGAGGGGGAUCUCAGCAAUCUGGGCCGCGUGCUUAUGCAAGGCUCCUUCAGUGUGUGGAUUAGUCAUAAGAAGGGUCCAACCCGCGUGAAGGAGCUGGCCCGCUUCAAGCCCAUGCAGCGACACCUGUUCCUGCAUGAGCACGCACUCCUCUUCUGCAAGCGUCGAGACGAACACGGAGAGAACGCUGACAAAACUCCCUCCUACAGCUUCAAGCACUGUCUUAAGAUGAGUGCAGUCGGCAUUACGGAGAACGUCAAAGGAGAUGUGAAGAAGUUUGAGAUCUGGUACAGUGGCAGAGAGGAAGUCUAUGUGAUACAGGCACCCACAGUGGAGGUGAAGAUCGCUUGGCUGAACGAGAUCAGAAAGAUCCUGACCAACCAGCAGAAACAGCUCAAAGAGGAGUUGUGUCACUCUGCUGCAGUCUCAGAGCAGACACAGAUGUCUCCUCCUCUCUCAGUGAGCAAACAGCAAAGAGCGUCAGUUAGCUCAGAGGGGACUGAGUCGGGCCACAGCAGUCCAGAUCCGUUCAGCUGCUCUAACCAACACCAGCUCAACAGACGCAGUGAGUGUUAAGUCAUAAAGGACUUGUUGAACUGUUAAAAGACCAAACAUGGAAUCUUGAAGUGUAUUUAUGCAUUUGCUGUGGUGUAUCUUGAAAGCAGGAAAAUAACAAGUAUGAUGAAACAAGAUUGUUUGUGGGUAAUAGUGUAUCAUUCAAACAUUAGCAUUAUUAACAUCGAUAUACACUGC